AAACACAGUGUUAAGUGUGAAGCGGUGUUAAUUGCUUUCUCGUUUUACUUGUGAAAUUUCACGAGUUUUUGAUUAAGUGUACUGAAAGAUCCAAGGAAGGAACACCAAUAAUGGGAAAUUACGUUAAUAAAUUUUUUCUUCAUGAUACUGAGACUGUAAACGAAGAAACAAAAAUACAAUCACCUUCUACAGAUGAGGAAACUAUAGAAGAAACUACACACACACCUGUAAUUCAAAAGAGAUUACCUAUUGAUCCCAGAUCAGUAACUAGUGGCAUAGAUAGAACACCAAUUGAAGGAACUUAUGCAAAAAGAUAUUUAGAAACAGACCUGGAUAAAAUAAUACCACCUUUGACACCAAGGAAAUGUGUGCCAAAAGUAGAAAAUGAAAACUUAUAUUUGCAUGUGGAUAGUAGAAAUGCAGAAACGAACAGGCAGUUAACACCAACAAUAGAUAAAGUAAUCUAUAAAAGGGUGUUUACACCAAUAGAAAAAGAACGCUAUAAUGUUUUGGGACUUGAUCCUAGGUCACCAGCUGCAGAUUUUGAUAGAACACCAAUAUUAAUACCAAAAUCCAUUGCUCUACUAAAAGCAAGGGUCCAAGAAAGUUUGCACAGACGUGGUAGUUAUAACACAGACGUGCUUACUCCGAAAUUUUCAUACUGUGAAACUUCAUCUGAGUUCAGUAUCCCUGAAAUACAAGCUUUGCCAGAUUUAGCUAUGUGCAAAAUAAGAUCAUUAAAUUUGGUCACUGAUGAGUUUGAUAAUAAAUUAAAUAAAUCUGACUCAUCUUGUUCCAGUGAUUCAUCUAUGACUGAUACAAAUUCAGAAAUUGGUGAGGAUAUUACUUUUAUUGUAUCUUUUCAGUUCAAUUCUAGUAGAAUUGGCACUAAUAUAAAUGAUACAAUAGGAGAAAAGCAAUUGGAGAGUGAGGAUGCAGGUACAACUUCAGAUCACGAUACCUACAACAAUGUACACAUUACAAAAGAUGUACAGCAUAAUGGGAACCAUGGUAGUGAUAGUGAUGCAAUAAAAAUAUGGAAAUUUUCAUUAAUACAGGAUAAGCCUAAAUCAGAAUUAGCUGAAUCACAUGAUGUGCAAGAUAUUGAAGAUAAAAUGUCACAAUUGCCAAAGGAAGAAGUAAUUAUAGCAUUUGAUGAUGAUAGUACUGCGAAAGAUACAUUAUCACUGAAAUUGGCUAAAUGUGAUAUCAAUAAGAAGAAGACAGAUGUAACUGCAAAAAGAAGGAAAGUCUUCAAAUCAGAAACCAAAACUGUAUUGGAUGAAAAGAAAAUGUUCAAUUCUGAUAAUAAAUAUAGGAAUGAACCUACAAAGAUUCGAACACCUCUUGGAAAUUGUUCAAAUAAUGCACAGAUGCAAAAAAACUUAGCAACAAACUCUCCACAACAGAUAUUCAAAAGUAAGGGUAUAAAGACUAAAAUGUUACAAGAAAAUACACCACCGCACAAAAAACAUAUAGCAAGAUCUAAGGUAAAUGGCGUACAGUGGGAUCCAGACUCAACUGUUAUUAUUUAAUUAUUUUUAGAAUUAUUCGUUCAUGAUAGAGUUUAUAUGUAAUUCAUGUUUUUUAUAGGAAUUUUUUUAAGUA